AUGGACCAUGGAAACUGCACAUUCAUCUUAGUCUCCUGGAGAACAACGACGAGAUCCAGGAGGUGUCAAAACAAAUCAACAACUAGCAGACGACAGGUUGGAAUCGAGCGAAGUGAAGGUGUAGGAGGCGUGCACAAAUCACCUGGGGCACGUCCUCCUAGAAGAUUUGCAAAUACAAGACGGUGGACAGGGACUAUCAGCGCCGCGGUGGAUAUUAGUACUUCGGAGUUUCCGCCGCGGGCCCGUUGUCCAAGCGAAGUGGGCCGCAGCUUACCAACCUCACUUGUAACUAAAUCGAGUCCAACAGUCUGGUCGAAGCCAUAUGACAUACGAGAAUUGGAAAUUGCAACCUGCACAGACACAAAAUGUCUUUGGAGUUCACCUCACACAAAAGUUCUGGAGAAUUAUGAACCAGCUCCAUUGAAAAAUCACGAAUGCUUCGCGAAUGCUUUUGAUAAAGAAUAUGAAAUAAAUAUCACAGAUGAUGAUAGGGACGAUAUCAAAAGCAUGCUAUUUAAUUGCAAUCUUGAAUCGGCUCUUUCCAAACACAUGUUCGGACGACAUUCUCCGUUACAGCAAGAAAUAGAUUUGAAUAGUAAUUCUGUUCACUGUAGUUCUUCUGAGAUCAAUGCAAUUUUUGAAAAUGCAAUAUCUGAUAUAAUGAAUAUUUUAUCUCGGGAAAAAAAUAACCUUUUAAUAAGAGACUGUUGUAAAUCUUUUUUUGAAAACCAUUUUAAUGUGACUGAUUCUGAGACUAUUUGUAACGAAACUUUGUAUGAUUUAAUGAAAUGGAAAACAGAACGUCAGUUUAGAAUUACAGGUUCUAGAUGUUACAAACUUUUCACGUACACAAGCAAUAAGAAUCCAGAUUGGAAACAUAAAUCUGUAAAUUAUUUUUUUCCUAAGCCUUUUAAGGCCACAGAGCCAAUUAAACAUGGCCUGAUAAAGGAACCAAUUGCUCGAGAAGAGUAUGAAAAAUUUAAAGGAGUAAAAGUAAUAAAAUGUGGUUUAGUAGUUCCGCCACAAAAUAAUUGGUUGGGUUACAGUCCGGACGGAAUAAUUUUUGAAAACGGAAAGCCAACAAAAUUAAUCGAAAUUAAAUGCCCUUUUUCUGGCAAAAGUAAAACGGUAGAAAAUAUUUUAAAAGAACUGAAGUAUUUACAACUUCCAGCGCGUAAACUCAAAGAAAAGCACGAAUAUUAUGCUCAAAUUCAAAUGGGCAUGGCUGUUUUGAAUGUAGAGAAAACCGAUUUUAUUAUUUUUGCUUCAUUUGAUAAGAGUUUUAUUGUAAUUACAAUAAAUUUGAAUCGGUCCUAUGUCGAGAAACUUUUACUCACUUUAAAGGAAACUUAUUUUACUCGCAUGAUCCACUACGCAUGUGAACGUGAAAAUAUGUAA